AGGUCGUGUGACCGUCGUCGAUUGAGGGGGGAGGGGAGGGGGGGGGUGUCGUCGCGGUUCGUCUCUUCUCGGCCUUUUCCGGACAUCUCCGUUCGGCCUUCGUGUGUUUCCGCUCGGCGUCGCCAUCUGCUUUCUCGUCCUUCUCCAAUCUCCGUGUUGUUGUUCCCGGUGACGCGGCGGAGGUGUAGCCUGACGCGGGCUCUUACGUGUCGGCCGGAAUAAAAGUGGAGCUCCGGAGGCCCCGGGAGUGACGAGGGGGAGUCCGUACCGCUCGGCCGAUGAAGAUGGAGUCAGCAGAGGCUCAGCAGGAGACUGCUGUGACUGAGACCGAAAACCAGCACAUCACCUCGGCACAGAUCGCAACUCUGGCACAGGUAUCCAUGGCAACAGGCCACGCCUCAGUAACAGGUCCCACGGUAACGCUGGUCCAGCUUCCCAAUGGACAGACAGUUCAGGUCCACGGUGUCAUCCAGGCUGCACAACCCUCUGUCAUCCAGUCCCCACAGGUCCAAACUGUACAGAUCUCCACUAUAGCAGAGAGUGAGGAUUCACAGGAGUCAGUAGACAGUGUGACCGACUCUCAGAAACGCAGGGAGAUUCUGUCACGACGCCCCUCGUACAGGAAAAUCCUGAAUGACCUUUCAUCCGACGCGCCGGCUGUCCCUCGUAUCGAGGAGGAAAAGGCUGAGGACGAUGCAUCUGCUGUGGCUGCCACCCACGCCAUUACAACUGUGACUGUCCCCACGCCCAUCUACCAGACCAGCAGCGGCCAAUACAUUGCCAUCACACAGGGCGGGGCCAUCCAGCUGGCUAAUAACGGUACAGAUGGAGUCCAGGGCCUUCAAACUCUGACCAUGACCAACGCCGCGGCUGCCCAACCCGGAGCCACCAUCCUCCAGUAUGCACAGACCAGUGACGGCCAGCAGAUACUGGUUCCCAGUAACCAGGUGGUGGUCCAAGCUGCCUCUGGUGACGUCCAGGCGUAUCAGAUCCGGGCCGCCCCCACCAGCACCAUCGCCUCUGGGGUGGUCAUGGCCUCUUCACCCGCCCUGCCCACCCAGGGAGGCACUGAGGAGGUCACUCGCAAGCGGGAAGUCCGCCUCAUGAAAAACAGAGAAGCAGCCCGUGAAUGUCGCAGGAAGAAGAAGGAGUAUGUUAAAUGUCUGGAGAACCGAGUGGCCGUCCUGGAGAACCAAAACAAGACGCUAAUUGAAGAACUCAAAGCCCUUAAAGACCUUUACUGCCAUAAAUCUGAGUAGUUCAUCGUACUGAAAACACCAAACUGGGCCAAGUAGCAUUUCAGUUCCUUUCAAAUACUUUGACUGUUUAAUUCUGCCUGUCUGGCCUUCCAGUUUACACACGGCUGGCUCUUACUGACCAAGUUGCCCUAAUUCAGUUCUGCUUAAACUACUUCAGUAGUCUGUCGGCAUAAUAAAUUUAAAACAGACAUUUUUACAGCGAAAACAAACUGAAAACAAACUUUCAUCCAGGUUGGACGAUGGAUGAUCCCAAAGUGCCAAAUGAAACUUUAUGAAACAGUGACAUCUUUUACAGGGUAGAAUCAGCUGCUGGCAACAGUUAAGAUGUUGCUUCACACUGAUUUGUCAGUGACGCUGCGUCUAAUUGUCGUAGUUUUGGUAUUAAUACCCACAUAACUAAGAUUGAACUCAUCAUCCAAACUAGAACCUGACUGAUGCAGAGUUUUGGGGCUAAUAUAUCAGACAAGAUAUUUAUUUUGAAAAAUAAAUAUAUAUACAUCUUAGGCACCAAAAUCUAAUCUUUGUGGUCGAGUGAAAGUUUGCAACAAAUUUGAAGACGUUCCCUCAGGCUGAUCUUAAGAUGUCAGCAAAACAUACUUUGUGGGGAAACUUUGACCUUUGACCUUUGGCUACUGAAAUCUAAUCAGUUCAUCCUGAAGUACAAAAGUGAAUAUUUGUACAAGAUUAGAGGACGUUCUGUCACUGGCACAGAGGCAUAAAAACUAAAUAGAAAUACCACCAAAUAAAAGUAAUGAAUUUUGAUAAUAAACAUAUUUUGAAAGUAAAAUGGAAACUUAGAUGCACGUCUUUGCUGCAUCGUUUAUUCUUCAAAAUAAAAAAUGUUCAUAUUGUCAAACACAGAUACUGAUUUGUCUGUUAAAGGCUCAUAUCGGCCAAUUUUUAUCAGCCAACCAAUAAAUCAGUCCGGAUCUAAUCCUUGAGCAAUAAACCUGCCACGACAUAGUUCCACUCUCCACAGUCACAGUCACGUUCCACCUUUGGUUAAACCUUUGGUUAAACCUUUCGUGAAACCUUUCGUUAAACUCUGGCAUCUGUGUGCUGUAAAAUGUGCUGCACUGCAUAGUUCUGCAUUUUUAUUCACGUCAGGUAACAAGUAGUAAAGAGAUAUUUUAGUUGUUUUUUAAUCCUGUAUUUUCUUUGGGUUCUAAGCGAUACACAAGCCAAGUUUGAAGUCGAUAAACGUUUCUCUGUUAAUAUGGUUUAAUUGUUGAAAGGAUUUUAAAAGCUCAGACUUCAUUGGCCUCAUGUGACUCCAGUAGAGUAUUUGUGUUUUAUAUUGUAUGUAAGCAAUAACGGCCACUACCUGCUGUGGUUGCCUGCAGUUUGAUUUUACUCACGCUAUGAUAACAUGUUAUGAUUUAUCAUUUUACACAAAUCUGCCAAAUAUUCGUAACUGAAUAUCCACAGUGAUGAGUUCAGUUUUAAACAGAAUUCCAUCCACAACUACGACAACAAGACGCAGCUUCUAAACAAAGUCAUAAAAGAUUCAUUGACUUUAAGUACUGUUCUAAAUUGUGAUCGUUGUACAUGUCAGUGUGUUCAAAAACAUAUUUAAGUCUCAGUUUGUUUAAAAGCUAGAACUCGUACAUGACUGCUCAGACAAGCUCAGUGGCAGUUAAAGCUUUUGAAUUUAUUGUCUCUACUUGAUCCACGUCCGGAUCCGAACCAACCUCUCAACAAUGCAGCUGCUUCUAACUUGGACUCUACGACUAAUUUGGCACAAAGUAAUUUCUUUAUCGUAACUUCUGAAGAUGCUACCAACUGCCGACGGUGAGAGAAGUGACUCACAGACGACAGUGGUGUGUGUGUGUGUGUGUGUGUGUGUGUGUGUGUCAGGGUGUCGGGUGCCAAUCUGGGAUCAGCUUCACUUUGGAGAUAAACUCUACAUGUGGUCAAACUGGACACAUUUUACAGAUUCUGGAUCAGUUCUGCUACAGACUGGCUCCAUGUAGCAGAUUCAACAUAAUGUAGGUUUGGGUCCACGCUGUCCAGGCUCAGUAUUCCCCCCCCGCCCCCGCCUCAAGGAGGCGCUCUACAGAUCAACACGCCCCCGUGCUCGUCCCAGACCCCGACCAGAGCUUCUGAACGAACUACUUAGAUGAUGAGGGGCUGAAAGAGACUGAUGGACACUCCCCUCCUUUUUGCUUACUGUGUAGGCCACUAGCUGUGAAACGUGUCUUGUUUUUAAUUGAAAAGAAAAACAUUUGCAGACGGAGUAUUUUAAAUAAACACUAAUCAUGUAAC